AUGAUGCUGCGGCGGCGGCGGCGGCAGCCGCGGCGGCCGCGGCGGCACAGCAGCAGAGGGGAACGCAGCAGCAGCAGCAGCAGCAGCAGCAGCAGCAACAGCAGCAGGGGAAUUCGCUACCAGCUCCACCUCCUGCUGCUGCUGCUGCUGCUGCUGGUAAUGCUGCUGCUGCUGCUGGUGGCCCAUCACAGCAACACACAGGAACAGGCUCGGGGAGAAGAGGGAGCGCGCAUGCACAACCUGCAGCAGCUGCAGCAGCAGCAGCAGCAGCAACGGGAACCAGAGGGUCAUCUCCUGCUGCUGCUGCAGGCAGCGGGGGGCAGCAGCAGCAGCAGGGGAAUUCGCUACCAGCUCCACCUCCUGCUGCUGCUGCUGCUGCUGCUGCUGCUGGUAAUGCUGCUGCUGCUGCUGCUGGUCCAUCACAGCAACAUACAGGAACAGGCUCGGGGAGAAGAGGGAGCGCGCAUGCACAACCUGCAGCAACAGCAGCAGCAGCAGCAGCAGCAACGGGAACCAGAGGGUCAUCUCCUGCUGCUGCUGCAGGCAGCGGGGGGACAAGAGCAGCAGCAGCAGCAGGAGCAGGAGCUGCUGCUGCUGCAGCAGCAGCACCAGCAGCAGCAGCAGCAGGAGCAGGAGCUGCAGGGGGGGCGAGGGGGUCCCCCGCAUCACCCCCCGCAUCAGCAGGUCAUGAGGAGGGGAGAGGGGGGCCCCCAGGAGGGGGGGGCCCCCAUGGGGGCAGCAGGAGCAGCUGCUGCAGCAGCAGCACCAGCAGCAGCAGCAGCAGGAGCAGCAGGGGGGGCGAGGGGGUCCCCCGCAUCCCCCCCCGCAUCAGCAGAUGCAGCUACAGCAGCAGCAACAGGUGAUGCAGCAGAAACAGCUGCAGCAGGAACAGGAGCAGCUGCUGCAGCAGGAGCAGCAGCAGCAGCAGCAGCAGAAACAGGAGCAGCUGCUGCAGCAGGAGCAGCAGCAGCAACAGAAACAGGGGCAGCUGCUGCAGCAGGAGCAGCAGCAGCAGCAGAAACAGGAGCAGCUGCUGCAGCAGGAGCAGCAGCAGCAGCAGAAACAGGACCAGCUGCUGCAGCAGGAGCAGCAGCAGAAACAAGAGCAGCUGCUGCAGCAGGAGCAGCAGCUGCAGCAGAAACAGGGGAAGCAGCUGCAGCAAGAGCAGCAGCUAUAGCAGGAGCAGCAGCUGCAGCAGCAGCAGGGGCAGCAGCAGAAACAGCUGCAGCAGAAACAGGAGCAGCUGCUGCAGCAGGAGCAGCAGCUGCAGCAGGAGCAGCAGCUGCAGCACAAGCAGCUGCAGCAGAAACAGCAGAAACAGGAGCAGCAGCUGCAGCAGGCGCAGCAGCUACAGCAGGAGCAGCAGCUGCAGCAGGAGCAGCAGCUGCAGCAGAAGCAGCUGCAGCAGAAACAGGAACAACAGCAGGGGCAGCAGCUGCAGCAGGGGCAGCUGCUGCAGCAGGAGCAGCAGCAGCAGCAGAAGCAGCCGCAGCAGAAGCAGCAAAAGCAGCUGCAGCAGAAGCAGCAGAAGCAGCAGAAGCAGCUGCAGCAGAAGCAGCUGCAGCAGAAGCAGCAAAAGCAGCUGCAGCAGAAGCAGCUGCAGCAGAAGCAGCUGCAGCAGAAACAACUGCAGCAGAAACAACUGCAGCAGAAGCAGCAGCAGCAGCAGCAGCAGCAGCAGUAGCAGCAGCAGCAGCAGAAGGCGCCUGA